AGGGUUCACCCGCAAAAAAAAAAAAAGAAAAAAAAAAGAUUUGAGGGCUCAGAUGUUAAGAGGCGGAGUCGGUCUUUCUCUCGGUCCAGGUUUUGCCUUUGUUUGGAGACCGACGACGGAUAAAAAUGCCUUCUUUGUUUGUCCCGUGCCCGGUCUGGAGUAGAUCCAUGGCCGUCGAUAGUUACCGAGCAGAGCAGGGGAAGCAGAUCGGAACCGGGAUGGAUCGGGCCAAGAGGGCGGUGCCGCCGGCAGCCGCCGAGAGGUACGCCAAGAAGCCCUGCCGCCGCCCAAGCGGCGGAGGCGGCGUGCCGGAGAUCUCCUCCCUCCUCUCCUCGCUCUCCGUCGCCAAGCGCCACUCCCCGGCCGCCGCCCACGACCACGCCCCCCUCAACAAGCGGCCCCGUUACGACCACCAUGACGCCGCCGCCGCCGCCCUCGCCGCCCGGAUGCGAGGGCUGGAGAUCAGCUGCGAGGCGACGGACAUGAAGGAGGAGGAUCCGGACUGGGCGGGCUUCCUGCCGGAGCUGCUCGGUCUCAUCUGCGGCCGGCUCCCUCUCGCCGACGUGCCGCGCUUCGGCGCCGUAUGCAGGCACUGGCGCUCGUGCGCGUUCCCGGUGUACCAGGCCGACGCCGCCCCCGUGCUUCUCAGCGCCACCCUCACCGCCGCCGGCGCCGUACGAUGCUACAGCCCCCACCUGCACAAGACGUUCGUCCUCGCCGCCCCUCCCCUGCCCGAAGGCGGCAGGGUCUUCUCGGCCGCCGCCGGCGGGUGGGUCGUGCUCACCACGCCGGGCAGGACCGUCAUGUUCGCCAACCUGCUGGACGGGUCCGUGCACGAGACGCCCAAGCGGGAGGGCGACGACCGGGGGUUCAUGACCUGCGCGCCGCGCCCCGGCCGCCGCCACGACGGCGUCGACAUUGGCCGCAACAGCAACGGCAGUCCUCCCAAUGUCAAGGGCUGCUGCUUCGACGUGUUCGCCGUCUUCUCCGGUAUGAACACCAUCAGGGUCCAGAGCUGGGGCGGCGGCGGCAGCUGGAAGAGCGUCGAGGAGCAGAGCUGGUUCACAAUGUCAUUCUGCUGCAGCCCGGUGAUGCACAAGGGGAUGCUCUACUGCCUUGGACAAGGGGGCGCUCUAGGGGUCUACGAUCCCGGCAAGGCGACGUGGAGCGCGCUCCCCAAGCCCGCCGGCUUUGGCCGGAAGCUCGCUUACAAGAAUUGCUACCUUGUCGACUCGCGGUCGGAGCUGCUCGCCGUCCUGACGGGCAGCAACGGGGCGCCGCCCAUCCACGUGCUGAGGCUCGACGAGGCGAAGAUGGCGUGGAAGAGGGUGACUUCGUUGGACGGCCGCUCCCUCUUCACCGGAACGACGUCGUCGGUGUCGGUGGCAAAGCCGGGCGUCGAAUCCAUGGCCGACAAGGUGUACCUUCCCAAGUUCUAUGGCCGGCCGCAGGUGAUCCAUGCGGAGCUCGCCGACUCCGAUGGCCGCCUCUUCUUCGUCGCCAAGGCGGCAGAGCGGGAGCAGCAGGGAUUGGUCCCGGCGUCGGGUAGUGGGGAUUACGGCGGCCCCUGGUGCUACGACAUGGAGUCGAACUCCGGCGGGCAAUUCGUGGGCUCCAAGAACCUGCUGCAGUACUUUUGGGUUCAUCUCGGCUGCGCCGCGCCGCCCUCGCCGGAUGAUGAUAAUGAAAUGGUUAUAGACUAACUGGCAUCCAUGGAAGGAUAUCGUUCAUGAAACUGGUCUUGCCAUGUACUCGUAGAAUACUCUGUAAUAAUGGUAUAGUUGCACUAAGGACCAAGAUUGUAUUAUACUUAUCCUUCAAAUCAAAAGGAAAAAAAUUGUAUUAUACUUGCAUAUAUAUCAUCUUAAGAAUUUUCGAACUA